UUUCUCUCUCUCUCGCUCUCUCUCUCUCUCGUUCUCUCUCUCUCUCUCUCGUUCUCUCUUGCUUUCUGUCUCUCUCUCUCUGUAAACUAUUGCAGAUAUUAUGAACAGUUCUUAACCCUAACAUGCCCUGAAACCUGGAACAGUCGUAUAACUGACUGACCUCCUCUUAACACUCACAGAUCUGACAGUAUGAGAGACAGUAUGAGAGGUGACACAUCCAUCAACUGUUUAUAUAGGGCCUAGGUUAAUAUCUUCUUAUGGUCCAUCAACUGUUUAUAUAGGGCCUAGGUUAAUGUCUUCUUAUGGUCCAUCAACUGUUUAUAUAGGGCCUAGGUUAAUGUCUUCUUAUGGUCCAUCAACUGUUUAUAUAGGGCCUAGGUUAAUAUCUUCUUAUGGUCCAUCAACUGUUUAUAUAGGGCCUAGGUUAAUGUCUUCUUAUGGUCCAUCUACUGUUUAAAGAGGCCUAGGUUAAUGUCUUCUUAUGGUCCAUCAACUGUUUAUAUAGGGCCUAGGUUAAUGUCUCCUUAUGGUCCAUCAACUGUUUAUAUAGGGCCUAGGUUAAUGUCUUCUUAUGGUCCAUCAACUGUUUAUAUAGGGCCUAGGUUAAUGUCUCCUUAUGGUCCAUCAACUGUUUAUAUAGGGCCUAGGUUAAUGUCUUCUUAUGGUCCAUCAACUGUUUAUAUAGGGCCUAGGUUAAUGUCUCCUUAUGGUCCAUCAACUGUUUAUAUAGGGCCUAGGUUAAUGUCUUCUUAUGGUCCAUCAACUGUUUAUAUAGGGCCUAGGUUAAUGUCUCCUUAUGGUCCAUCAACUUUUUAUAUAGGGCCUAGGUUAAUGUCUUCUUAUGGUCCAUCAACUGUUUAUAUAGGGCCUAGGUUAAUGUCUCCUUAUGGUCCAUCAACUGUUUAUAUAGGGCCUAGGUUAAUGUCUUCUUAUGGUCCAUCAACUGUUUAUAUAGGGCCUAGGUUAAUGUCUCCUUAUGGUCCAUCAACUGUUUAUAUAGGGCCUAGGUUAAUGUCUCCUUAUGGUCCAUCAACUGUUUAUAUAGGGCCUAGGUUAAUGUCUUCUUAUGGUCCAUCAACUGUUUAUAUAGGGCCUAGGUUAAUGUCUUCUUAUGGUCCAUCUACUGUUUAUAUAGGGCCUAGGUUAAUGUCUCCUUAUGGUCCAUCUACUGUUUAUAUAGGGCCUAGGUUAAUGUCUCCUUAUGGUCCAUCAACUGUUUAUAUAGGGCCUAGGUUAAUGUCUUCUUAUGGUCCAUCAACUGUUUAUAUAGGGCCUAGGUUAAUGUCUUCUUAUGGUCCAUCAACUGUUUAUAUAGGGCCUAGGUUAAUGUCUUCUUAUGGUCCAUCAACUGUUUAUAUAGGGCCUAGGUUAAUGUCUUCUUAUGGUCCAUCAACUGUUUAUAUAGGGCCUAGGUUAAUGUCUUCUUAUGGUCCAUCAACUGUUUAUAUAGGGCCUAGGUUAAUGUCUUCUUAUGGUCCAUCAACUGUUUAUAUAGGGCCUAGGUUAAUGUCUUCUUAUGGUCCAUCAACUGUUUAUAUAGGGCCUAGGUUAAUGUCUUCUUAUGGUCCAUCAACUGUUUAUAUAGGGCCUAUGUUAAUGUCUCCUUGUGGUCCAUCUCUGCUCUAGCAUGUUGUGUAUUACUGUAAUAUGUGUAUUGUGUCUACAGUAUAAUGUAUGUGGACUGGAUGUGUAUGUGUGAAUAAACUAUGUUAGUGAGUGUGAGGGCUGUGUGUUUUGGUAGUUCAGACAGGGCUGUGUAUUUUGGUAGGUCAGACAGGACUGUGUGUUUUAGUAGGUCAGACAGGACUGUGUGUUUUGGUAGGUCAGAUGGGGCUGUGUGUUUUGGUAGAUCAGACAUGACUGUGUGUUUUGGUAGAUUAGACAGGGCUGUGUGUUUCGGUAGGUCAGACAGGACUGUGUGUUUUGGUAGGUCAGAUGGGGCUGUGUGUUUUGGUAGGUCAGACAUGACUGUGUGUUUUGGUAGAUUAGACAGGGCUGUGUGUUUCGGUAGGUCAGACAGGACUGUGUGUUUUGGUAGGUCAGAUGGGGCUGUGUGUUUUGGUAGAUUAGACAGGGCUGUGUGUUUCGGUAGGUCAGACAGGACUGUGUGUUUUGGUAGGUCAGAUGGGGCUGUGUGUUUUGGUAGGUCAGACAGGACUGUGUGUUUUUGUAGGUCAGACAGGGCUGUGUGUUUUAGUAGGUCAGACAGGAUUGUGUGUUUUGGUAGGUCAGAUGGGGCUGUGUGUUUUGGUAGAUCAGACAUGACUGUGUGUUUUGGUAGAUUAGACAGGGCUGUGUGUUUCGGUAGGUCAGACAGGACUGUGUGUUUUGGUAGGUCAGAUGGGGCUGUGUGUUUUGGUAGGACAGACAGGACUGUGUGUUUUGGUAGGUCAGACAGGGCUGUGUGUUUUAGUAGGUCAGACAGGACUGUGUGUUUUGGUAGGUCAGAUGGGGCUGUGUGUUUUGGUAGAUCAGACAUGACUGUGUUUUGGUAGAUUAGACAGGGCUGUGUGUUUCGGUAGGUCAGACAGGACUGUGUGUUUUGGUAGGUCAGAUGGGGCUGUGUGUUUUGGUAGGACAGACAGGAUUGUGUGUUUUGGUAGGUCAGACAGGGCUGUGUGUUUUAGUAGGUCAGACAGGACUGUGUGUUUUGGUAGGUCAGAUGGGGCUGUGUGUUUUGGUAGAUCAGACAUGACUGUGUUUUGGUAGAUUAGACAGGGCUGUGUGUUUCGGUAGGUCAGACAGGACUGUGUGUUUUGGUAGGUCAGAUGGGGCUGUGUGUUUUGGUAGGUCAGACAGUGCUGAACAAGGCUAUUCCUCAGGAGGAUGAGACUAGAGGGACUGACAUGCAUGCUGCUGCACAGGAAACCACUGGUGUGUGUGUGGUUGAGGGGCUGGUUAUAGACUGACUGGUCUGCUGACAGAGACAAACAGGAAGGAAGUUAGCAGGUGUGUGACUGUGUGUGUACUGUAUGCUUUUUUUCGAUUCCUCUGAAACAGGACAGGGGCCGUGUUUGACUGACCUACCUGUGACUGUGUGUUUGUGUGGUGUGUGCGUGUGCGUGUGUGUGUGUGUGUGUGUGUGUGUGUGUGUGUGUGUGUGUGUGUGUGUGUGUGUAGGUCAGACAGGACUGUGUGUUUUGGUAGGUCAGAUGGGGCUGUGUGUUUUGGUAGGACAGACAGGACUGUGUGUUUUGGUAGGUCAGAUGGGGCUGUGUGUUUUGGUAGAUCAGACAUGACUGUGUUUUGGUAGAUUAGACAGGGCUGUGUGUUUCGGUAGGUCAGACAGGACUGUGUGUUUUGGUAGGUCAGAUGGGGCUGUGUGUUUUGGUAGGACAGACAGGAUUGUGUGUUUUGGUAGGUCAGACAGGGCUGUGUGUUUUAGUAGGUCAGACAGGACUGUGUGUUUUGGUAGGUCAGAUGGGGCUGUGUGUUUUGGUAGAUCAGACAUGACUGUGUUUUGGUAGAUUAGACAGGGCUGUGUGUUUCGGUAGGUCAGACAGGACUGUGUGUUUUGGUAGGUCAGAUGGGGCUGUGUGUUUUGGUAGGACAGACAGGAUUGUGUGUUUUGGUAGGUCAGACAGGGCUGUGUGUUUUAGUAGGUCAGACAGGACUGUGUGUUUUGGUAGGUCAGAUGGGGCUGUGUGUUUUGGUAGAUCAGACAUGACUGUGUUUUGGUAGAUUAGACAGGGCUGUGUGUUUCGGUAGGUCAGACAGGACUGUGUGUUUUGGUAGGUCAGAUGGGGCUGUGUGUUUUGGUAGGUCAGACAGUGCUGAACAAGGCUAUUCCUCAGGAGGAUGAGACUAGAGGGACUGACAUGCAUGCUGCUGCACAGGAAACCACUGGUGUGUGUGUGGUUGAGGGGCUGGUUAUAGACUGACUGGUCUGCUGACAGAGACAAACAGGAAGGAAGUUAGCAGGUGUGUGACUGUGUGUGUACUGUAUGCUUUUUUUCGAUUCCUCUGAAACAGGACAGGGGCCGUGUUUGACUGACCUACCUGUGACUGUGUGUUUGUGUGGUGUGUGCGUGUGCGUGUGUGUGUGUGUGUGUGUGUGUGUGUGUGUGUGUGUGUGUGUGUGUGUGUG